AUGAAGACAUCGUUUGAAAAGCAUGGCAUCCCCGAGUCAAUUAGAUCAGACUCAGGUGUGCAAUUUCUAUCAGAAGAAUGGGAACUAUUCAAAUCAGAAUACGACUUCACAGUGGAAACUAGUUCACCAUACCAUCAUCAGUGCAAUGGUCAAGCUGAAAGUGGUGUGAAAAUCUUCAAAAACAUAUUAAAGAAGUGUAAGGAUAGACAUCUGGGCUUAUUGGCAUACAAUACGACGCCAAAGGAAUGUGGUUAUAGCCCAUCACAACUAUUAAUGGGACGGAUUUUAAGAACAAAUCUACCAGUGAAUAAAGCAACUCUACUUCCAGCCACUCCAAAUCACAAUAGAUAUAGACUUAGACAAAUGGAAGAAAAGAGGAAACAGGAACAACAGUUCAAUAAAAGACAUAGAGUGACCCAGGUCAAGGAUUACCCAGAAAACUCUAAAGUUUGGAUAUCGGACCGAAGAGAAGAAGGGGUAAUCAAGGAGAAGUUAGAGAACAGGAAAUAUAACGUUGAAACAAAAAAGGGAGGAAGAUAUAUCAGGAAUUCAAAAUUCUUAUUCCCUAUGUUCUCCUCUGGAGAAAGAGAAAAUCCUGAUAAAGAAAACCCCCAUACACAGACACUUCCUCCAAGACAGACACAUACACCAAGAUCCAACCUACAUAAUCAUUCUUCAACCAUACACAGACCUACCAGAAUUGUUAAACCUGCCAAGAGGUUCAUAGAAGAAGUUUAA